AUGCUUAACUUUACAAAUAAGAACAACGAUAUUUAUGAUUUAGAAAAUUUUUAUAAAUCAGCAUCAUACGAUACGUUAAAUUCUAUUAAUCUUUUCGAUGAGCCAGAUUCUACGUUUCUUUUUGUACCUUGUGUUGAAAGGGAAAAAAGUGAGGAAAGAUUUCUUGACGAUGCUCCGUUGAACGUUUUGAAAAGUGGCCGCAAUCAUAAACUACCAAUGUUAUUUGGAUUUGCUGAAAUGGAAGGAUUAUUUAGAAUGCCGCUUUUUGAAACCUGGUAUAGUAAAAUGAAUGAAAAUUUUGCCGAUUUCUUGCCCGGCGACCUUAAAUUUUCUAACUCAGAAGAAAAAAAAGAAGUUGCGCAGAGAAUUAAAGAGUUCUACUUUGGUAAAAAAUCAGUUGGCAAAGAAACUAUAUUUAGAUAUAUAGAUUAUUUUACGGAUGUCAUAUUUGCAAAUGGCACACUUAAGUCUGUUCAGUUGCAAGUAGAAUCUGGUAACAGCGAUAUAUAUUUAUAUGAAUAUUCCUUUGUGGAUGAUAAUGUUCCGUUAGUGCCCUACACAAAUGUGCGUGGUGCUAACCAUUGCGCACAAACAAUGGCUAUAAGAGACGUAUUUUUCCCAAAUGCUCCAGCUGAUACACAAGAUUUUACAAAUAUGAAGCAGUUGAUGAGAGAAUUAUGGUUCAACUUUAUCACAACAGGGUAA